GAGAGAGAGAGAGAGAGAGAGAAACAGAGAGAAGGGAAAAGGUAGGGGGGCUAGAAGCAAUGAACUAUAGCAAGCUUCAAACUGUUUCAGCUCAAGCUGAUGAAGAGGAGAGGUGCAGUACAUGGCAAAGAAGCAGCAGAGCAGCACACAACCUCAUAGCAGUCUCUAAUGGACACUUUCAAACACCCAUGCUUUGAUUUCGAUAGCUUCAAAGCUAUUGGAUACCAAACCCAGACCACUGCGGCUAUAAAACAAACUGCCAAGGAUGGCUACUGAAGUGGUGUUUAACGAAAGUGCAACAUGUCUGGAAAUGAACUGGCCAGCUAUUUCAUUUGCUCUCUCACUCACUCAGGGGUGAUGGUUUCCCCAGAGAAACUGUGGUGUUUUGCAGAGUCCUACUCUGUUUCCUCCUGGGGAUCGUGUUGGACAUGCUCAACCUCUCAAAGGCUUUCUCUGUUGGAUUUCAUUUAAUUUCUCCUUGAAGAAGCAUGACUGGAUAUAUACAAUCUUGAUUGCACUAUUGGAUUUCUCAGCUUCCAGACAUGGAAAAUAUAUUCACUGGUACAAGUCUCCAUGCAAAGCUUUGUGAGGUGUCUCACAAUCAAGGUAACAGGCUUGAUUGUGAGACACAAUCAAGGCUUUCAAUGGAAAAACCGUCAUGCCUUUAGGGGGCUCCAGACAUGAAGCCCAGGAUCCUCUGCCUUUUUGGCUACUUGUAUAUCCAUGUGAAGAAUGUUCCACAGUGCGCUUUUAGGAUCUCGGGCAAUAACAGAGAGUUCAGAUCGGAGGAAGUGCAUCCGUGAUCACAUAAUGAUGGUAAUGGAACAGCUGGAAAAAGUCCUCAGUGAGCUGAAGGAUGUGUCUAGAGAGCUUAGAGAGGUACUGGCUCAAAUUGACAAGUUGACAGCAUACAUUGAUUUGGACCCUGAAGAGAACACAGAGGAUGACAAGACCCUGACUUGCAAUAGAAACAGCAGCGAGAGAGCACUGGAGAACCUUUCCAACGUUGAGGCUUAUUCUAAUAGCAAUGGACUAACCCACUUAUUACACAACUCUCUCUGCGACUCUGCUAAAAUAGCACCAGCCCUGUACCGACGGAGUUGUGGAGACUUACCGGCCCUAAAUGGACCCACAUGGCCAAAUGCUUCUUGGCUCUUCGGCAGAAGGGAGGAAAUACACUCAUGUGACAGUGUAGAGCUUCACGCUCUAUGCUGUGAUGAUGAUGAGUUCGAUGAAGAAAAUGGUGGCAGGAGAUCAUCUAGAUUCUCUUCUAGUGACUCUGUGUUUUCAUCCUCUCCUCUGCAGCCUGUGAGGUUAGGGGCCUUGACACCCAGAUCAGUCCGCAAAUAUCACCUGAGUCCAGGUUUGAAGAAAAAAACACUACGGAGCUGCAGCACUCAAACAGUUUCCGAUAAGAGCACACAAACUGCACUGACCCACAGUCCUGCCAGGCAACGAUCUGCAUCUGAACAUAAGCACUAAAAACUCUAUUGCCAGCUGCUCAUAUGAAAUAAACUGUUAUAUGCAUGCUUACACAAAAAUAUUGAUGUUACAUAGCAUAUCAUAAAUAACUGCACAUUAACUUGAGGCUAAUAAAACU